CGAAUUUGCAUCGUAGCGCGAGCGGGCAAUGCAGGGAGCGGUGCGCAUAAACCACGCACAUAUGUGAAGAACAGCCCCCGUCACCGCGCGGCACUUCGAGACACCAAUCUGUUUUGAUUCCCCAUCUGCGGUCCUCAGCAACCCACACUGAGAUAGCGUACAGCAUGAGGUAGGCGUAUGAUGACCCGAUGCCCAAGGCAGUGCGUCCUCGGUGCGCCCGCCCGAAUCGCAGUUACGCGUGCCUCCCGAGGAGAGCAUAUAUAAGCCUGCCCGGGACGAGGGGACAGUCGCUCAACCCUCCCUUCAUUUUUCGGGUUAAGACUUUUUUCUUUCUUUCUGCUCUUCGUUGCGUACUAGCCUGGUGCUAUACGUCCUUUCGUUUCUUUGCCCUUUCGUUUUUCAAGACAAGUGCAUUAUCCUCUCAAGAUGUUCGCUGCCAAAGUCAUUGCUGUCGCUCUCGUCUCUGUCGCUAUUGUCAACGCCGCGCCUGCACCUGGUCUCUUCGACGAUUUCACUUCGGACGUCGACUCGGUCUUUGAUCACGCGACCUCCGCUGUCGGGUCUGCAUUCGACGAGGCAACGUCUGUCGUGGAUUCUGCCCUUGCCCUGGCCACUGCCUCGUCCGUUUAUGAGGACGCGACUAAGGUGAUUGGCACCGCGACGUCGCAGGUGUUCGCCACCAUCGUCACCGCCAACAACGUCCCCGUCGUCGAAGUCACCUCCGUCGGCGGUUCCGCGAUCACGCUCGCGACGGGCACCGCCUCGGGCUUCACGACCUCCUUCGCCGGGCACACCUUCACCGCCGCGUCGGCCACGGGCACCUCCACCUCCUCGUCCGCAUCUGCAAGCUCGACGGGUAAGAAUGCCGCCGUCGGUGGCUUCGAGAUGGGCGGUGCGCUGCAGCUCGCGGCGUUCCUCAGCAGUAUCGUCGCCGGCGCCGCCAUGGUCGUCUAAGUACGGCCAUGGACGGUGUACUGCAAGCCAGUAUGACAAAGCUGGGCGGGUUCUCGGGCGCAUUACGACCCCUUCACGAGAUAUUUCACAAUGCUUUGGGUACAUGCUUUGGGCACAUGUUUUCGCAUACAGCUCUAUCGGAUAUCGUGCUUUCUUUUC